AUGCCACGGGAGAUAAUCACGAUCCAGGCCGGUCAGUGCGGCAACAGCAUUGGGAGUCAGUUCUGGCAGCAGCUUUGCCAGGAACACGGAAUCAGCCAGGAUGGCAAUCUCGAGGACUUUGCGACCGAGGGCGGCGACCGCAAGGACGUCUUUUACUACCAGAGCGACGACACGCGAUACAUCCCGCGCGCCAUCUUGAUUGACCUGGAGCCGCGCGUCAUCAACGGCAUCCAGACGGGCCCGUACCGAAAUAUCUACAACCCCGAGAACUUUUACGUCGGCAAGAAUGGCAUGGGCGCGGCCAACAACUGGGGCGACGGCUACCAGAGCGGAGAGGCCGUCUACGAGGACAUCAUGGAGAUGAUUGACCGAGAGGCCGACGGGAGUGACUCGCUCGAGGGAUUCAUGAUGCUGCACUCGAUAGCCGGCGGCACCGGGUCCGGCCUCGGCUCCUUCCUGCUCGAGCGGCUCAACGAUCGGUUUCCAAAGAAGAUUCUCCAGACGUACUCGGUCUUCCCGGACACGACCAAUGCGGGCGACGUGGUUGUGCACCCCUACAACAGCAUCCUCUCCAUGCGGAGGCUGACACAAAACGCCGACUCGGUCGUGGUGCUAGACAAUGGCGCCCUGUCGCACAUUGCCGCCGACAGGCUGCACGUCCAGGAACCGUCAUUCCAGCAGACGAACCAGCUCGUUGCAACGGUCAUGUCGGCGAGCACGACGACGCUACGAUACCCAGGCUACAUGCACAACGACCUGGUCAGCAUCCUGGCGUCGCUGAUCCCGACGCCGCGGUGCCACUUCCUGAUGACGGCAUACACGCCCUUUACCGGCGACCAGGUGGAGCAGGCCAAGACGGUGCGCAAGACGACGGUGCUCGACGUGAUGCGGCGGCUGCUGCAGCCCAAGAACCGCAUGGUGUCGACGGUGCCGGGCAAGAAGAGCUGCUACAUCUCCAUCCUCAACGUCAUCCAGGGCGAGGUGGACCCGACAGACGUGCACAAGAGCCUGCUGCGCAUCCGCGAGCGGCGGCUGGCGACGUUUAUCCCCUGGGGCCCGAGUCAUCGCGUGAGUGGGCUGAUGCUGGCCAACCACACCAGCAUUGCCACGCUGUUCAAGCGCAUCCUCAAGCAGUACGACGGGAUGCGCAAGCGCAACGCCUUCAUGGAGGGCUACAAGAAGACGGCGCCGUUUGCCGAGAACCUGCACGAGUUUGACGAGGCGCGCGAGGUGGUGGCAGACCUGAUUGGCGAGUACGAGGCGGCGGAGAACGCGGAUUACCUGCAGCCAGAGGGCGGCGGCGACAAGGCCGUGUCGGCGGAGACGGACAAGAGGGUGGCCGGGUGA